AUGGAUACACAGACGAAUCCAACCUUUGCGGUUGGGGACCACGAGGCUUUCAUGGAGUUAGCUCUCAUUCAGGCACAAAAAUCACCGCCAGCUGCCAACAAAUUCUGCGUUGGAGCCGUACUUGUCGACGCCGCCAAGGGAAAGGUCCUAUCGACAGGAUACUCGCUUGAAUAUCCGCGAGAUUACAAGGGAGAUCCAGGCACCACACACGCAGAGCAGUGUUGUUUUAUCAAGAUCGCCGACAAACACAACCUCUCUGAGGAACGCAUUCAUGAGGUCCUUCCGGCCAACACGGCGCUGUACACGACCAUGGAGCCAUGCAACGAGAGGCUUAGCGGCAACAUGACCUGCGUGACUAGGAUCUUGAGACUUAAGAGCGCCAUCAAGACUGUCUACGUGGGGAUCAAGGAGCCAGGGACGUUUAUCGCGCACAAUGACGGGCAGGAAAGGCUGGAGGCAAACGGUGUCAAGGUUGUGUUCCCCGUUGAACACUGGCGUGACAGAAUCACCAAGGUCUCAAUGACUGGGCACUGA